AUGGGUGUUAUGCGUCUACCCCGCCCAACGGGCAUCUAUGUCCCCAGACCACCAAGAACCCUCACCAACGACAUGAUAUCUCCACCACUCUCUCCAGAAUUCAGCUUCGAUUCGGAGACCAUCACACCCUCUCUAAUUCCAGCGCUGGAAUACAUCUCCUCCAAACUUCAACAAAGAGUGAUGCAUGUCACCCUCCUCAUCGGCCGCGGAAAGCCCUACCCAACUGGCCAACCCUCCGACCUAAUGAUCAUCCCUAUUCAUCCGAUUGAGCCACAAGCAUGGCGAGUACUUGAACGUGCCAUUGCCAAAGGUUCAAAGAAGUUCUCACUCGGCCCCAGCUGGACCGACGCCAUCGGCCGGAGCCAAUAUGAGCGACAGGCAAACGAUCACCUCGUCAAGCAAUCCAUUCUCCAAAAUGAAGUCAUCUUCAGCCAGGAGGGUCUAACUCUUCUCAACAUGGACCGCAUCUAUACCUUUAAGCGCCGCGUGUGUAUCCUUUCCACCCGUCCCUUCUCCCGAAAUGAGGAACAAUCAAUGUCAUCCUGCGUCCGGCUACUCCACCGAAUCGUCGCAGAUUUCUCCGGUCGCCCCUUUAGCAAAGCUUUCUUCCACCGUGUCUAUAAGCAGCUCGAUAUAUUAGACGAGCAGCUCACUGCCGUCGCAAUUGCGUAUAAGAAUGUUCACAGUCAAGAUGCUAUCAUUAUUCCCGCCCAAACAAAACCUCCAGCACCAUCUCCGUCGCCAGUUCUGGCCAAAGCCGAGGCUGUUGUUCUAGCAAAAGCCACCGCCGUGGUCCAGGCCAAAGUUCAGGCAGUUCGUGCAAAACCCCAGCCAAAAGUCGAGGCUAUUGUUCCAGCAAAUGUUGCAGCCGUAGUCCCGGCCAAAGUUCAGCCGGCUCAGGCGAAACCCCAACCCAAAUCCGAGGCCAUUGUUCUAGAAAAGGCUACAGCCGUGGUCCAGCCCAAAAUUCAGCCUGUCCAAGCGAAACUCCAGCCCAAAGCUGAGGCUAUCGUUCCAGAAAAAGCUACAGCUGUAGUCCAGGCCAAAGCCCAGGCGGUUCAAGCUCAAGUGAACUCCCAGCCCAAAGCUGAGCGAGACUUUUUGAAGCCCAAAGCUAAUCCUAUCCCUAUCCGGGUGAAGGCCGAACGGCCUCGUGAAGUAAAGAGAUCACCCAUCCAGACUGUGCGCGGUCGGAGGCAGCCCCCACCGUCAAACAUGCGAGGACAAAAGAAGCGUGGACCUAAGACGCCUCUUUCUGCGUCGGAUGUUACUCCUAUCACGCGAAAUGAGUGGAAUAUUCUUGCCGCUCAGGACAUACGUGCCCAGCCUAGAGUUACCAAGUGGACUCCGUCACCAACUGUGCUGGCAUUGGCCGCUGCUUGA